UCCACCACUGUGCACCGGAUAGGAAGGUGGCGGCAGGGAGGAGUGCAGCAAAGAGAGCGAGACUGAUGAUGGGGAGAGGAAGAGGCAGGAUCUAUCAUGUUUAAUCCCUCAGCUUCUGUCUGCGCCUUGACAAAGUGAUGCUCUCCAUGCAUACGCUACCUUACGCUUAUUCUGGGGGUGAUAAAUGACGGUAGAGUAGAGAUUUGUUGUGAGACUGGGACAUCACUGAGUACUCCUAAACUUCACGUUGACUCCAUUCUGGUUUGGACGCUGGAGAGACGUUUUUGGGACUCUGGAGUCACCGAUGCCACACUGCAAAUACGCUACACUACUAAACUAUGAGACAGUCAUGAGACAUGCAUCACUACACAGCAACCACAAGAAAUCAAGAAGUGCAAUAAGUUUGUCUCCAACUGAAGUCAUUUAUUCACCAUGUUCUAACUAAAGAUUAACCCUCAUACUACAAUCUUAAUUACAAGAGGUUUCUGCAACCGUCUCAUUAUUCUCACGAAACUUAUCGGCAUACAAACUCAGUCAACCGAAGCAGGCGAGCAUGGCGGACCGUUACCAGAACAACGUGUAUCAUCAAAGUGGCGGUGACAGCUACGGGACGUAUGGAGAAGGUGCUGGAGAUGGUCACGAUGAAUAUGGUUACCAGGCCGACUACCCUCCACAGGAGGAGGACGCUGCCAGCGACGCGACUGAAGGUCACGAUGAGGAGGACCAGAUGUAUGAAGGAGAAUAUCAAGGAAUACCACAUCCUGAUGAGGUGAAGGCUGCCCAAAGAGCUGCAAGGGCUAAAUCUCGAGCGAGCAGUGCAGUCUCUGAACUGCAGGAGUUAUCGGAACAAUAUGAGGAUAUUAUGGAGGAUUGCGGCCACGGAAAGUUCCAGUGGACGCUCUUCAUUGUGCUGGGCCUGGCUCUGAUGGCUGAUGGAGUCGAAUGUUUUGUGGUGGCCUUUGUUCUACCCUCCGCAGAGAAGGAUCUAUGCCUGUCCAAUGCGGAGAAAGGGAUGUUGGGUCUGGUCGUCUUCCUCAGUAUGAUGGUUGGAGCAUUCGUGUGGGGAGGCCUGGCGGACAAAGUUGGCCGUCGACGCUGUUUGGUUCUGGCAUUAUCUAUUAACUGCAUCUUUGUCUUCCUGUCCUCGUUUGCACAAAGCUAUGGCUUCUUCCUCUUCUUCAGACUGCUGUCAGGCAUCGGUGUCGGUGGCACAGUGCCGAUCGUCUACUCGUACUUCUCGGAGUUCCUUCAGAUGGACAAGCGAGGGGAACAUCUGUCCUGGUUGUGCAUGUUUUGGAUGAUUGGUGGGAUUUAUGCCUCUUUCACUGCCUGGGGAAUCAUUCCCAGAUACGGUUGGGGGUUCAGUAUGGGCACAGAGUUCCAGUUCCACAGUUGGAGGUUAUUUGUUCUGGUCGCUGCUCUUCCUGCCGUUGCCUCUUUGGUCGGACUCACUUUCAUGCCUGAGAGCCCUCGCUUCCUGCUUGAGAAUGCUAAGCACGAUGAGGCAUGGAUGAUUCUGAAGCAGGUCCACGACACCAACUGGAGGGCUAAAGGACAGCCAGAAAAAGUAUUCACUGUUACACACAUCAAGGCUCCUAAGACAGCAGAGGAUGAGUUCAUCGAGAUUCAAAGUGCAACAGGAACAGCCGUGCAACGGUGGGCAGUCCGCUCGCUUACGCUCUGUAAACUGGUGCUGAAGAAUGUAGCAUCUCUCCUGUCUGCUGAAUUGCGCUUUGCCACUCUCCUCAUGGCCGUUAUCUGGUUCUGCAUGGCCUUCAGUUUCUACGGCCUUUCCGUGUGGUUCCCAGACAUGAUCAAGCACCUUCAGUAUGAAGAAUAUCAGUUGAAAGUCAAGGUGUUCCAUAAAGAAAAGGUGGAGAACUUUCACUUCAACUUUUCCUUGGAGAACCAAGUCCAUAAAGAAGGAGAAUACAUCAACGACAAGUUCAUCAAAAUAGAGCUGAAAUCCGUCAAGUUUGAGGACUCAUUGUUUGAAGACUGUCACUUUGAGGACAUCAGGUCCACGGACACUGUGUUUGAGAACUGCACCAUACGCAACACGUUCUUCAUCGAUACAGACCUGAAGGAGAAGUUCAUUGAUUGUAAAAUGGAAAACAACACCUUCGAGCACGACAAACGUGGCUGCCACCUGGACACUGUUGAAGAGAACGACGUCCUCAUUUAUUUGGUCAGCUUCCUGGGCAGUCUGGCUGUGUUGCCUGGCAACAUCAUCUCUGCCCUCUUCAUGGACAAGAUUGGCAGAGUCAAGAUUAUAGGUGGCUCCAUGCUCAUCUCGGCGGGCUGCACCUUUUUCCUGUUCCUGAGCUUCAGCCAAUCAGCAAUCAUUGCUCUUCAGUGUCUCUUCUGCGGCGUCAGUGUGGCUGCGUGGAAUGGCAUCGAGGUGGUAACAGUGGAACUCUACCCCGCUUCUAAAAGGGCAACGGCUUUUGGCAUCUUGAACGCUCUCUGCAAGCUGGCUGCAGUUCUUGGCAGCUCCAUCUUUGCCAGUUUUGUGGGUAUCACCAAAGCCAUCCCCAUCCUGCUGUCCUUCGCUGCCCUGGUGUGCGGCGGCCUGGUUGCCCUCAAAUUGCCCGACACGCGAGAGAAGAUUCUCCAGUGAGGCCCGUGAAAGCGGGCGUUCAACAGGCGCGUAAGAGUUUGUGCUUGAUGUUGACGUCUCUGCUGCAGCUCUACUGGACGUUUACUGCACUUUUAUUUCCAAAGCAAGAACAGAAACAGCUAACACCUUUAAGUAGUAAAAUGUCAUGUUUGUGAUGUGUUGUUGACAGUGAGGGUCCGUUGGUAGUUGUAAAGAAUAAGGAUGAUGCUCCAAUAAUGUCCGAUGUUGUUACACAUGAUGACAAAAGGAUUUCUUUAUGAUUCCACCUGCUGCUCUGUGUUGAAUGCAUGAUGAGGAUCGACAUCACAAUGUUUGUUGGAAAAGUCUCCAGGUCUGUCUCAGUGGAAACAAAAUAUAUUCCUGAUUAUUAUUUGCAAUAUUAACACGUACAACCAACUUACACUUGCAGUUAUUUUUCUUAUGGUUUGAACAAUGUCCUACUUUUUUAAGGCAGUAUGUGGUUCUAAUCAAAAUUGAACUGAAAACUAUCAUAUAUUAAUAGCAAUGGCACUGAUUUGUUAGACAUGACCUUUCCAAGCAUCUGGUUCUGGACUAGUAUUAAUAAUAUGAAACAACAAUGAUAACAUUCAUAUCUGUAAGAGAGGUACUAAUACAACAAAAAGUUAUUUUUUUGUGGUUGCUGCAUUAUACUGAAAUGCGUUAUUAGUCAUUCCGUGAUAUUUAGCUAUAAUUCAUCCCAAAGUUAUUAACAUUUCACAUAAAGGUUCCAAGUUCAAAUAGAUAUGGAUAUUUAUUGAUUAACUUUUAGAAGAGUUAAAAAAAAAUGUCCAGCAAGAUUGGGGGUAAGACUAAAAUACAAAAUAUGAAUACAAUGACAUACUGUACUGGCCGAUUCAUUCCUGAAGGAAUUGUGUGUGAAUGCUCCAAUGCUGAAGUUGAACUGAAAUGCUGACAGAAUGUAAUAUCAAUUUAAGAAUAAUUGUGGAAGUUUGAAGAAUGUCCCAUUUUUUCCCCAAAAUGUGGGAAUUUCAGGAAAUGCUGGAAUUUUAUAGAAAAUGGUAAAAGAAACAAACUUGAAUGGUCUGGAAUUUUUCCAAAUCGGUUGAGAAAUGUUGAAGUGGUGUAACCUGUUGAAUUGAGAAAUGGUUUUUUGGAAUUCCUGGAACUUCGGAAAAAACGGGAAUUUUUCCAGUUCAAAAAACAACUAAGUUUUUUGUCUUGAUUAAGAGGAAUGUUUGGACGGUGGAACGGUUGAAAUGCGUUGAAAAGUGUGGAAGGAGUAGUCGCCAGAUAAAAGAGUGGAAAUAGGGCUUUGGAAAACCAGGAAUUCUGCAAAAUCCUGGAAUUUUUAUGAACUUGGAAAAAUUAUAGUUUGAAUUUCCAAAAUGGUGAAAUGUGUUGAAGGUGGAAUGGUUUUAAUAGGUUGAAACAUUUGUAAAUGGUUAAAGUUAGAAAAAUGGCCACUUCAUUUUGAAUGGGAAAAAUGUCCCGAGAAACCUAGAAUUCUGGGAAAUCUGGGAAUUUUUGGAAUUUGUCAAGGGAAAUCCCGCUAUUUCCGAUUAGGCUGAACAGUUUGAAGUUGGAACGGAUUUGAAAUGGGUGAAAAAUUCGGACUAUAGAGCGCACCAAAAUCUGGAGAGGAAGAAUAAUAAUAGGUUGAAUAAUAAUAAAUAGAUACAUUUUGGUGUAGAAAACCACAUGCUUUGAAGCAUUCACACAAAUAUAUCAUACAUGUGUGGACGUGCCUGUGAUGAGGUGGCGACUUGUCCAGGGUGUACACCGCCUUUCGCCCGAAUGCAGCUGAGAUAGGCUCCAGCACACCCUGCCACCCCAAAAAAGGGACAAGCGGUAAAAAAUGGAUGGGAUGGAUGGACAUGCAUAACACUCAAAGCGCUUUACACUGAGAAACCCAUUAUCUACAUCAGUGAUUCUCAACCUUUUUUCAGUGAUGUACCGCCUGUGAACAUUUUUUUAAUUCAAGUACCCCCUAAUCAGGGCAAAGCUUUUUUGGUUGAAAAACAAGAUAUAGCCAUGUCAUUAGUUUCAUCAGUUUCUGAUUUAUUAAAUUGUAUAACAGUGCAAAAUAUUGCUCAUUUAUAGUGUUCUAUCUUGAACUAUUUGGAAAAAAAGAUAUAAAAAUAACUAAAAACUUGUUGAAAAAUAAACAAGUGAUUCAAUUAUAAAUAAAGAUUUCUACACAUAGAAGUAAUCAUCAACUUAAAGUGCCCUCUUUAGGGAUUGUAAUAGAGAUCCAUCUGGAGUCAUGAACUUAAUUCUAAAUAUUUCUUUACAAAAAAAGAAAUCUUUAACAAUAUUUAUGGAAUAUGUCCACAAAAAAAUCUAGCUGUCAACACUGAAUAUUGCAUUGCUGCAUUUCUCUUCACAGUUUAUGAACUUACAUUCAUAUUUUGUUGAAGCAUUAUUCAAUAAAUAUAUUUAUAAAGGAUUUUUUAAUUGUUGCUAUUUUUGGAAUAUUUUAAAAAAAAUCUCACGUACCCCUUGGCAUACCUUCAAGUACCCCCAGGGGUACGCGUACCCCCAUUUGAGAACCACUGAUGUACAUUUCCACCAGUGUGAGUGACACGGGCAGCAGGGUGCGUCUUGCACAAGGACACACUGGCAGUGACCCGGAUGGCGGAAGCUGGGUCCGAACCAGAAACCCCCCAAGUUUCUGGCCAGAUGCUCUGCCAUCUGAGCCACCCUGCCCCAAUAGACCCCAAAUAGACCUUAAACCAAUGUCCACGUAUCAUGUUCAACAAUUUGUUGUGUUAAAGAUACCCAUUCCAAACAUUUUAAAUACAUUUUGGGCUCGACGGCACACGAAACACAGCUUUAUGUUCUACACAAUAAACAUGUCGUACUGAUUAGCAUAUUGUUGAAAUACUACAUACAGUGUCAGUCAAAAAAAUGCAAAAUCCAAUCUACUGACAUGUACUGUAAGUGAUUUCCUGCAUGUGAUGAUGAAUGACUUCCCAGCUGCUCCUAUACGGUUGAAUUUUGAUCACGGCCCACAAUGUAAACUAUAACAGAUUAUUUACAAAAUGUCCAACAGUUGAAUGUGUUGUCUAGAAUUACACACAAGUAUGUCUUUAUUUUGACACAUAUCUCCUUUUCUAUCUCAGUGACAACACUGAGUACACACUGAGACUACAGAACUGUGUGUGUGUUCUUGUAUUUCUACCCUUCUUGAGACAUCAACAAGGAAAACUACCCUCCAUAUGAGGACCGGUGAUCAAGUUAGGACUGAAAUCAUGAUCCCAAUACGGAAAACCAUUGCAUCCAAUAGAAAGGCAAAUACUAGAGUCAGUGAACAUUGCUCCAAAGUCAGGAUUGUUUUGUUGAUUUAAUGUGCAUACAAAAGUAAACAGGUGCAAAGACAACAAUAUAUGAUAAAACAACACGGUGCAGCUAAAGAAGAACUUCCCUAUACAUCCCCGAAAACACCCGCCAGGUGAACAGCUGAUUUUACAACAUCCGGUGCUGACGUAAACAAACCGCAUCCCAUAUGUGACCAUAGGAUGAACAAAUACACUACGGUACUAAGACUAUAGUGGCCAUUAACAGUUGGCAUAUACAGCUGGGUUGCCCAAAGUGCGGCACAGGGGCCAUCUGUGGUCCGUGACUCGUUCGUCAUUGGCCUUAAGCACAUUACAAAAAAAAUUCAAUCAAUCAAUCAAUGUUUAUUUAUAUAGCCCCAAAUCACAAAUGUCUCAAAGGACUGCACAAAUCAUUACGACUACAACAUCCUCGGAAGAACCCACAAAAGGGCAAGGAAAACUCACACCCAGUGGGCAGGGAGAAUUCACAUCCAGUGGGACGCCAGUGACAAUGCUGACUAUGAGAAACCUUGGAGAGGACCUCAGAUGUGGGCAACCCCCCCCCCCCCCCCCCCCCCCCCCCCCUCUAGGGGACCGAAAGCAAUGGAUGUCGAGCGGGUCUAACAUGAUACUGUGAAAGUUCAAUCCAUAGUGGCUCCAACACAGCCGCGAGAGUUCAGUUCAAGCGGAUCCAAGACAGCCGCGAGAGUCCCGUCCACAGGAGACCAUCUCAAGCGGAGGCGGAUCAGCAGCGUAGAGAUGUCCCCAACCGAUAUAGGCGAGCGGUCCAUCCUGGGUCCCGACGAGCGGUCCAUCCUGGGUCUCGACUCUGGACAGCCAGUACUUCAUCCAUGGUCAUCGGACCGGACCCCCUCCACAAGGGAGGGGGGGACAUAGUAGAAAGAAAAGAAGCGGCAGAUCAACUGGUCUAAAAAGGAGGUCUAUUUAAAGGCUAGAGUAUACAGAUGAGUUUUAAGGUGAGACUAAAUGCUUCUACUGAGGUAGCAUCUCGAACUGUUACCGGGAGGGCAUUCCAGAGUACUGGAGCCCGAACGGAAAACGCUCUAUAGCCCGCAGACUUUUUUUUUUACAACAAGUGUGUGUAAUUAAAAAUAAUAAAGAUCUCAUUUGCACCCCUGGUGGUGAAAUCUAUCAAAACAAUGGUGGUCCCAAAAAGGAGGGAUUUUUCAAAUUGACUGUGCGUCGCUUUUAAAAGUGCUCCCCCUCCGGUCAACAUAUGAAACAACAAGUGUGUGUAAAAAAUUGAAGUGCUCCCUCUCUGGACAACAGAUGAAAUAACAAGUGUGUGUAAGGAACCAAAAUGUGUCCACUUGGGCCAAAAUUGAUUAAAACUAUAAAAUAAAUAUGAAUGUAGAGACAGACAAUAAUAACUUGGAGUAAAUAAUGAAGAUUUAAAGUCAAUUAGACAAAAAAUUAAAGGACAUAAAAAUGUACUUAAAGCGUGCAUAGUAUGUAUAUAAUAUUAAUGUUGUAAAUGCAAAUCUUUAUACAUCUAGAAAGGGUGGUCCUAAAGAGAAUGGCAUUUUUCGGAGGUCUCAAGAAGGUAACAAAUACAAGUGUGUGUGUGUGUGUGUGUGUGUGUGUGUGUGUGUGUGCGUGCGUGUAUGUGUGUGUGUGUGUAGACGUGGCAGUCCUGGUCGUUAGUGUUCUAGUACAGUGUUGACAUGUACAAUUAGACUGCUUAUGGACAAAGUGUUGCGAUGGGUUGUGUAAGUGUCUAACUGCAUGUUUGUCAAAUGUUUUCUCUUGGCGUGUUUAUGUCUGUCAACAUGUGCAAGUUCGAAACUGUCCUCUUCAGUCAACUGUAGAUUGUCCACCACAAUCAUCCAUUUUCUCUGCAUGUGACACACAUCUGAUACUGUGUGAGAAGCUCCAUGGCACUUCUCCAGACAUACAUGCUGACAAACAAAAUGAUACAAUAUGCUAUGACAAUAACUCCUGCUAUACACUUGGCUUGUGUUCAAUGAACAGAACAGUGGUGAAGAGGGAUGGGUACCGAAUCCAGUACUCUUUUAUAGGUAUUGACCAAAGUCCAUUAGCACUACCAGGUCACGUGUCACGUGAAAUCAAACGGUGCCAUAUUUCGAUACUUUUGUCGCAUGUGACAUCACGUCCGUUUGCAGAAAAAAUGCUCACAAGUACAACAAGGCUCCAAUCUUUAAAACGUGCUAGUUCAAUGUUUAUUUGCUAUAAACAUGCUACAGAUUAGUGAAGUGAAGUGAAUUAUAUUUAUAUAGCGCUUUUCUCUAGUGACUCAAAGCGCUUUACAUAGUGAAACCCAAUAUCUAAGUUACAUUUAAACCAGUGUGGGUGGCACUGGGAGCACGUGGGUAAAGUGUCUUGCCCAAGGACACAACGGCAGUGACUAGGAUGGCGGAAGCGGGAAUCGAACCUGCAACCCUCAAGUUGCUGGCAUGGGCACUCUACCAACCGAGCUAUACCGUCCCUUAGCAUGAGCGAUUUUAUAUGGCUAUUUCAAAACCUUCAAAUUUGGUAAUGAAAACUACACCUAAGAUGCACGUUAAAGUCAAAGAGUACAUUACAUUACACUUUGUAGGACUCAGUCAAAGAAAAGACUGGUACAUUCAGCGUAAUGACAAAUACUACUUUCUGGCUACCGUGGUCUAUACACCAGGGGUGUCAAACUCAUUUUAGAUGGGGGGUCACAUGGAGAAAAAUCUACUCCCAAGUGUUAAAAUCACGGCACGAUAACUUAAAAAUAAAGACCACUUCACAUUGUUUUUUUUUUUUGUUUAAAAUAGAAGAAGCACAUUCUGAAUAUGUCCAACUCAUAAUUUAAAAAAAAAAAUUUACACUUACAUGUUGUGGUUAAUAGUUAUUUAUAGUUUCUGAAUAAAUGAUGUGAUAAUGUUAAUCAGUCAACUCAUUGGUGUUAAUUUUCAAUCCGUCAAGAUGAAAAAAACAUUAAAAAUCUAACUACAGGACGUUAUUUAUGUUGUUUGCUCAUUUUCCUCGACUGGUGCACUAACAUCAUGUGGUUUAUUUUAAUUUUUUUUACAUAUGUAGCCUAUUCUACAAAGAUACAAAGAAAUGCUACUAUGACAUCUAGUGGACACAUGUAGAACAGCAGUUUCUUUCAUUCAAAAAUUUGGCCUCAUUUUUAUACUUAGCAAACUCAUCCCGCGGGCCGGAUAAAACCUGGGCUGUAUAUUUGACACCCCUGCUAUACACUACUGCUAUCUAACAUAUUGGAAUUGCAACUGCAUGCAAAUACUACUUUUAUAAAGUGCAGUACAGUACUUUAAAAAAAUUAAACAAAAAAGUGUAAGAAAACAAGAUCACUGGACAGCACAGCUCACUGUUAAAUGUUAAAUAACUUUUUUUUUUUUAACACUCAACAUUUAUUAACACAUUUAAAACAGGCAAAAAAAACAUUAUUAGCAUUGAGUACCUGUAUUUAUUCCCAUGCACCUGACAUGUGAAAGGUAACCAUCCCUGUAUGCAACAUCAUGACAUCACUGCUGAGUAAAACGAGCCUCUGACAAUAGCUGCUGCACUUGGAAACAAUUAAAAGGUUUUUGUUAGUCCGUCAAAACACAAGCAUAUGAUCCUUGCUUUAAAUCUGAAUCUAUGUAGCAAUGAAAGUCCAACUUCUUGAUAACCAAAAAAAAAAAAAAAAAAUCCAAAUUUUAGAAGUGUUUUUUUUUUUAUU